AGUUAAAUGGGAAACAUCUAUCUCAGAAGAAAAAGAGCAUUCACUUUUCCUGAGCUCCUCUUUGGUGCAGGCAUGUAUACAGCUUAGGCUCAGUACUGGUGCUGCAUCUGAGGGUGCUAUUUGCAACCAGCGUGAUGAGGUAUUUGAAAUGUCUGGACUGGUUAUCCAGUGUCUCAAGAAUCACCAACUGUUCACUUUGAAAAUUGUCACCGGAGUUAACCAGUUAACCAGUUCCUUGUUCUCCCUUUCCAAAACCACAUAAUCUACUUUUCUGCACAUAACAGAAGUGUGUGGGUGUUUUCUCUCAGAUGGUUGAAUUAUUUAUUAAUAAUUGUGUGUGGUUAACAGGUUUUCUCAAGGAUUGCUAUCCUUACCUCUUUCUUCUAAACUAAUGUUCGUGCAUGUUUGUGUGCGUUCUAGUUCCUGUCAUGUUUUCUGACUCUACAAUGUUUAUUACACUUCAGACAAAUACCCCAGGGAGAUUAUGUUAAAAAGCCGGGAGAGGCCGACUCUUUUUAUAGCGACAUGCCUCCUGGAGUCAGCACAAACUCUGCAUCUAGUUCUAAGAAGAGGUCUGCUUUUCUGUCGCAUUUUCAGAUUUCUACCUGUUCCAUCACCCAUUAUUCCAUUAGUCAGAACAUUUCAUUGUUUUGCAGCAGGUCAAAUGGAUUAUCUCAUUCCUGGAGUGAAAGGAUCCCAGACACAAAACAUAUUUCAGACAUUUGUGAAAAUGGGAGGCCUAGGAGUAAUUCUUGGCAAGGUAAUAUAGGAGGAAACAGAAAGAAAGUCAGAGGCAAAAGAUUUAGGCCACGGUCUAAUUCAACUGAGACACUGUCUCCUGCAAAGUCUCCAUCUUCAUCCACUGGAUCUAUUGCUUCCAGCAGAAAAUACCCUUACCCGAUGCCACCACUUCCUGAUGAAGAGAAAAAAGUCAACAGGCAAAGUGCCAGGCUAUGGGAGACAUCCAUCUAGCUGCACUGUUUUCCUGGGGUCACAUCAGAACUGUUUACUUUGGAUUUUAUAGAAACUCAGCAUCACUGAGUCACUGCACAUUCAUCUUCUCUUCAGACAAUUCGAAAGAUCAACAGAGAUGCCCAUGAUAUUGCAGUGAUAACCUCCUCACAUGGAAAGGAAAAAACAGUCUUUUUUUUUUUUUCUUUCUAUUUUUUGUUAACUUGUAUUUUAUGGAUUUGAUGAACCACCAAAACCGUAACAUUUGACAGAGAAUAAUUAGCCCAGAUGUGACAAGGCUGUUCCGCAUGGUGACAUAGAAUCCCAGCUGCAGUCCAUUUGCCAGUUCUGUGUAAGAGAGGUUUUUCUCUGGUUUACUGCAAUCCUGAGUCAGACCAUAGUGGAACUGGGAACAUGCCUCAUGGAGAGCCCAGCUGAUGUAAACUUGUAUGCUGUAUGCAUGAACCUUGUGUUCUUUACUUUCUACAUGUAAGGGAAAAACAACAUACUGUAGUAGAGACUAGCAUGCAGGAAUAAGAAAUAUAGGAUUUUUUUUUUUGUGACAGGAUUUCAAGCUUUGAAAGGUACCUAUUUGACAACAAACAGCAAACAAACAAAGAUAUCUUUUUUUUACCUUACAUGUUUAUAAUCUCAGUAUACAGAUUGUAUAUAUGUAAACAAUUCAAUAAUGUCAAAAAUAGCUGUUAUACGUAUGUGUAUUUUGCCAAAUGCCUAAAGAAACAGUCAUGACUAACAUCAUCACACUUCAGAUUUUCUAAUAUUAUGAGCAGAUAUCCUUGGAAUUACAGAAAGUACACUACUGUAAAACUGUGUCUCUCAGAAACUGGUGUUUGACCAAAAUCUAUACAACCUUUUCAGCAUCUUAUAUUGUCUUGACAAUCUCAGUUGUACAGUAGACUGCAGAAACCAGUACAGCAGCACUUUGUCUUAAAUCAUCAUAAGAGGAACCAGCCAAAAUCCCAUGUUUAGCAAGAUAACCACUGUAUCCUCUCACAGGUGUAAUCAAGAAUGAUUUGGCAGACAACAGAGUCUUUAAGUCAUGUGCAGCCCAAACUUACUGAACAUUUGGGAAUACUCUUAAGUGGUCAAUUCAGGAUGUGGUGAUGUGAAGUCUGUCUGUGAGAGUUGCUGUGUAUUUUUGAUAGAGCAUUUCAGACACUGUUUUAGAUGGCAAGGCAUAGGUUUAUGAGAAGCAUAACAAUUUUGCUGCACUAGAUAAUAACAAUGCUGGGCAAGUGGCCAGUUUCGUUGCUGUCUUUCAAUUUUAAUUUGUUACUGGAAUUGCUUUUACCAUGUGCUUGAAUGCUAUGCUUGUUGCCCCUGAAGCCCCCUUGACAAUUUUUUGGGGCAUUAAACUGAGCACAAGUGAAUUUAGCUUAAAAAUAAUGGGUUGGGGGGGAACAACUCUUUACCAUGUUAAUCUUGUGUAUAAGUUGAUGGUUAUAUUUCUAACACCUGAGACUUCUAAGCAAAGUUGUUAUAAAGCAAAUGCCUUCUGACUGGGAAUUUUCAGUUAUUAAGAAACUGGACCAUAUUAAAUCAGUUUAUAAUUCUCUAGUUUUCCAAAACUGACUACUUCUUAGCUUCAGGUAGUUUCGCAGAAUAGCAGAAUAAAACACCCAACCUUGUGGUGCAGUUGAACACCCUAACCAACAGCUGUAUGAUUAAUUAGAUAUUAUUGUAAUGGGAACAUCUAUGGUGUUUCUGAAUCUUCUACCUCUUUCAUGUAUUUCCUUUAGUAAGUGAACCCAACACUUGCAGCCUUUUAAUGUAUUUUUUUAACUUUUACGUCUCAAUAAAGUCAGAUAUAUGUAAGAUUAAAUUAAGAAAUGUUUAAAGAUGUUGGCAGCUGUAAAAUAUGUAAGAUUUUUAGAAGCAUUAUAUUUUAUGAUUAGGCUGUAUGUUGGAUUACAAAAUAUUGGCCUUGGCAUUCAAAUGAUUUUCCUGCACAGUCAAUAGGUUCUGGUAAGUAUUUGGAAAAAGACAAAUAUAAGUGAGCAUAAGUGGGUGCAGACUGACCAUCUGGAAGGAGACAGUCACUUGUAACUGGUUUAGGGUAAGAUUCAGCAUUUUUGUGAAAGGUAAAUAUAUCAAUCUGCACUGAAGAAUAUCUUUUGCAAAUAUUUACUUUGAGGGUAUCUAUCUGGAUUAAAGCAAAUUGAUAGCAUGUAGCUUAUGAAAUUAGGGUCUGAGCCAUAACUUGAAAUCAAUAUGUCUUUGUUGAUUUCACUGGACUUUGAGCAGGACCCUCAAGAGGUUCACCCACAUUAGGAUAUUAUGAUAACCUGAUCGUCGAUGUAUUACUCUGUCGCCUGGAAGCCGGUUUUCCCUCCAUAUUCAUAUCUUGUCUUUAGUAACUGGACUGUUCAUCUUGUGCCUUUUAUAGUAUUUCUUUGGAUACAAACUGGCAUAUUGUUUUGAAUAAUCUCAUUAGAUUUCUGUGCAUGUCUUACGUUUACCACUGUUUAUUCUUUUCUUUCUAUUUUGCCUUACCAAGAAGCAGCAAGAUUUGGCAGACAGAACUGGAUAUAACAUACUGGCUCUUUCUGCUAUGUUCAUGGCUUCAUGUUUUGCAAACAAAUGGCCCUCCUGACUGUAUUUUCAAUGUAGUAUGUACUUCCAGCUUCUUUUGUUUUGGUAUAAUUAAUUUGUAGCAUAUGAUGAUACUCAUGUGUGUAGUGUACCUUUAACAGUCACCUUUACAUUUGGAGAUAUGUAGUGACUGGAAGUCUAGUUAUGAGCACAAAGUUUAAGUUGAAUAAAUGUUGAUUUUCACUUUGGUGGUCUAGAGUGAGAAUAUCACAGGACUUGUGUUUUUGCAAAAUUCUUCUGCAGAGAACUUUGCAUCAGAUUGGUAACUUGGGAGACCUGAACUGGCAGGGCUGUGUGAGCAUCCCAAACCAGUAGAGGUUGGACAGAGGAGUUGUUUGCUUACAAGCUGUCAUUUCCUACUUUAAAAUGUGGUGUGUUGGAAAGCUGACAGAUUAAUAACCUUGAAGAUUGCAAAUAUUUUUAUCCACUGUAGGUAGUUACACUGGCAAUAGCAAUAUAAACUGCUGCAUAAUACCUCAUCCAGACUAAAAUAGAGUACUUGUCACUAAUAUAGUUCAGUCAUUUUGACUCAUUGAGACUCAUGCAAUUAUUUUGGUUUUAUUUUAAUAAAUGAAAUAAAUAGUUAUUGCCAACUAUGCUGUAGAUGCCUGUUGAAGAGAGGAAGCUAUCAAUUCUCAACUAGAACUAAUUGUUUACAUGAGCAUAGGACAGGCAGGAUGAGAUAUACUUAAGUUACCUUUAUGUAUUUCAAUGUGGGAGAAGAAUCCUGUGUAAUUUAUAAUAAAAUUAAUAUGACUAACUGAUGGAGACUGGAAAAUUGAGAUUGUAUCUAAAAAUAACGCUGCACAAUGAUGCCACAGUUUAACAAGUAAAGAUUUACCUACUAAUUCUGGAUUUGUUGACUUAAGAAAUUUAAUAAUCUCAGGCAAUAUACCAGAGAUGGCUGUGACUGAUAAUUUACAUAUAGUUUUAUUAUAUUUAAGUAACUAGAUUCAAGAAGAUUGAUCAUUUUAUACAGCCUGUCUUUGCUUAAAGUGUGAACUGAAGUCACAACUUGCCAGUCACCUGAAGUGUGACUUGACUUUGAAGAUGGCUUAUUCCAAAUGAUUUAUGAGAUACUGAACCUGCUGAGUUCAUGUGCCCAUGAAAUAAUUUUGAUUGUGCUAUUGAACAAGUGGACCUUUGAGGUAUAGCCUGAACUAAAAUCAGAAAGAAAUUGUGUCCGUAGUUAAUGUACUGAAAUCUCUUACUCAAAUCCCUAUUGCUGGUUUGGACUGAUUGGUCUUGUCGAUACGACUCUUUUCAAAACCAGAGCUAAGAAUGGGUACGCACACUAUUAUAAACAUGCAUAUUCUAUAACUUCUGACUAAAUUUUCUGUAACUUUAUAAAUUAAUUGAUUCAUGGAUUUAAUGUAAUGUGAAAGAAGGAUGAGACUCCAUAACCCUAAAGGAUAUGCUCUUCAGUUAGCCCUUAGGACUUGCUCUGUCAUCAAAUCCCUUACCUAGUUGUAAGCAAAAUUAUCACAUUCCAGUGUAAAACUCAGUGAGCUCCUGUUCUCUUCAAUCCCCUCUUCACUCUUACUGAAAAGUAUUUUCAUGAAUGCUUUCAUCAUUUUCAUAAAUGUUUCAAUGGAAACAUUUAUCCACUAACAGCUUCUGUGAGUUGGCUGACAUCAGAAAACUGCUAAGUUGGUCACCUUUUCCCACUGUGGAUAGGGUCUUUUCAAUGCAGUUAAUAAUAGUAGGUUUAGAAGAGAUAUCAGUAAGAAAUUCUUUACUGUGAGGGUGGUGGGACACUUGCACAGGUUGACCAGAGAAGCUGUGGAUCCUCUAUCCCUGGAAAAAUUCAAGGCCAGGCUGGAUGGGGCUCUGAACAACCUGGUCUAGUAGAAAGUCCUGCCCAUGGCAGGGGGUUGGAAUGAGAUGAUCUUUAUGGUAUUUUCCAACCCAGACCAUUUAAUGAUUCUUUGAUCUUUUGCUUAUGCUAUAAUCAGGUGAUGAUGCCUCAUGUCUCAUGGAUUUUCCACUGGUUUUGCCUGGGGAUGAGUUAAUUUCCUUUACAGUAGCUGGUAUGAGGCUGUGGUUAGGAUUUGUGCUGAAAACAGUGUUGAUAAUACAGGGAAUUUUUUAGUUAUUGCUGAGCAGUGCUUGCCAUGAGCCUCUUCUGUGCCUCACAUGCCCCGCCAGCAAUUGGGCUUGGGGUGCAUAAAGAGUUGGACAGCAGACCCAAGGGAUAUUCUAAACCAUAUGAUGCCAUGCUCAGCACCAAUCCAGGGGGAAGGUUGGCAGUGAAGAACUGCAGCUCAGGGACUGGCUGAGCACUGGUCUAUUGAUGGUGAGCAAUUAUUUUCAUUUGCAUUUAUGAAAUGCAAGUCUUGUCUUUUUGGGUUUUAUUUCUCUCUGUUAAUUCCCUUUUCAUUUUUUUUUUUUAUUAUUACUACAAUUGUUUAAAUUUAAUUACUGAACUGUUCUUAUGUCAACCCAUGAGUUUUCUCACUUCUACCUUUCCAAUUCUCUUGGCCCAUCCCACUGGGGGUGAGGACUGAGCAAGCGGCUGUUUUGGGGCUUAGUUACUUGUGGUUAAACCAGAAUACUACUGCAAAAACCACUUGGUGACUCAGCUUUACUGUGUCUCUCACACCUUGUAGCAAUUGUUGAAGGCUAAGCCUCUUUAAUCACCAAGUUUGGGAACCUAACAGUUGAGCUGUUUCCUGUUUCUCUUGCUCCAAAUCUGAAGAUCAUCCGUUUCUUUCUCUAAAUUCAGUAUCAGUGUCAUGGGAUAACAGUGGACUGUUUGAACCACUGUUUUCAAUCACAAUAUGAUGUUAUUUGCCUCAUUUUUUAAGAGGCAAAUUUUAUUUCGUUUAUUUCAGUCUCCACUGAAUACCUAGAAUGGAUGAGCUGAUGACCCACUAUUUGCAUGGCUUCCAAAUCAUACAACAUUAUCAGCAACAUGGGAUUGGGCUUUGAUCACAUUUGAUGUGCUCAGUUGGUUGGAGCACGGUGUUAGUAACACUGGGGUCAAGGGUUCAAUCCCCAUAUGGGCCAUUCACUUAAGAGUUGGGCUUGAUCAUCCUUGUGGGUCCCCUCCUCAGAAUAUUCUGUGAUUCCUCAAAACAAAUUUGAAUAAACUGCAAAAAUAUGUGCAGGUUGUGGCCCCAUGUCUGCACAGUGGAGUGAGGUUCCUGUGUGCACGUAACUAUUAUCCUAAUAAGGCAAAAAAAAAAAAAAAAAAGAAACUGUGAAAUUAAUUGUGUAAACAUAGCUACAAUAGAGACAGGACUCUCUUAAGCAUGAUUUUAUCAGAAACAGGAAAGGAAGUAAUAGUUUCUGUCAUCUGUGCUAAAAAUCUGCUCUGACUUGAGUAUUUUCUAAGUCAGCUUAUGGAAACAAUUUCUGGUGUCUCAAGUAUGGACGCUGAUGUAGACUGCAGCUUUGGAAACAGCAUCUUGUGUACCUGGCACAUGGUAUCUUGUCAUUCCACAACAGUUUUCUGCUAGUAUUUGGAGAAAAGCACUACAACAGUCAACAUUCCUAAGUUAUCUCAGCCAAGUAAGAAAAACAAGCAGUAAAAAUAAAUUCAGAACACAGAUAUUACUCACACUUGACACACUGUACCUGGCUUCCAAAUUGUCUCACCUAGCCAGGUCUGGCAGGUCUAGCUCUUUAUAAUCCAGUCUAUACCAGUUUCAAAAUCUCUUCAGCUAAACCAGCUUUAAACUGUUUAAAAACUUCUGAUACUUAAGAUGGGCCAUAAUUGACAUAUAACUCAGAAUGAGAUGAGAAAAAUUUGGGAAAAUAAGCACAGAGCAGUUAAAAAAAAACAUGUUCUCUAAGGGAGAAGUAAAUGGUGUCAACACAGUUUUUAAUUACUAGAGCAUAAAAUGUCAAAGCAACAAGCUUUUAGUUUUCUGUUUCUGUAUUCCUCUGAAUAAAAAAAAUAAAGCUUUUGUUUAAAAAAAUCAACAUGAGGCCUUAAGACCUUAUAUAUUCUAACUUUAGCAUGGAGAGUCUAUUUUUACAACCAUGUUAGAAAUUCUGUAUAUAGGCCUGAUUGACCUUGUAAGUAGAGUGGUGCGAGCAGCUAAUCAUGCAAUAUUGUAAGGCUCUGUAGAACAGCAAACGCUGAUUUAGUUUGAUUAUUGGUACAAG